AUGGGAGGCGGAGGUGGCGGCGGAGGAUGUGGCGGAGGCUGCAGCGGAGGCUGCGGCGGAGGUUGUGGCGGAGGCUGUGGUGGCGGUGGAGGUGGUUGUGCUCCACCCGUAUCUUACAGUCCACCACCAUGUGCGCCAGCCGCUCCAACUUAUAGCCAGCCAUGUGCACCAGCUGCACCAAGUUAUAGUCAGCCAUGUGCGCCAGCUACACCAAGUUAUAGUCAGCCAUGUGCACCAGCCGCGCCAAGUUAUAGCCAGCCUUGUGCCCCAGCUGCACCAAGCUAUGCCCAACCGGCUAGCGGAUGUGGUAGGAGAAAGAGAUCGGUAAGGGGGUGCUGAAGUGGGACGUUUAGGGGUUAAUGUAGUAGGUCGUGUAGGAGUUACUGUAGUAAAAAAAGUAAGGUAAUGCUUAAAAAUGGCAUACAUAGAGAAUGAUUAGAAAUGGCAACAAAUUUAAAAUUUUGUUAUUUUUUGUCUUUUAAAGGCGAUUUUAAAGCUAAUUAAGACAGCCUGCAGAAGACAUGUUAUACGAUAAAACAUGUUUUUAAUUUUUCGAAAAUUUAAAACAUUUGAAAAAAGAUUGUCAGUACUGGACUUUUUAGACUCUCUAAAAGCCUUUUUAUCAAUUAAAAGAUUACGCAGGCUGCGAGUGACAUGUUAUACGAUAAAACAUGUUUUUUUCAAAUUUAAAAAAUUUUAAAUUACAAAAAGGCUCUUAUUAUGGCAAUUAAAAAACAACAGUUUUAAUCCCAAAAAGUUGAUUUGCACACCUAUUUCCAGGUCCUCCAACCCCAGCUCUUCACCGAACUCUCUCCAGAAUGUCCUCAAGCCGACUGGAAAGAAAUUAUCGACCGAAACCUGAUGGACGACUCACAUUCGAGUAAAGUGGCAAUUCAAGGAGCUCUAUAUCAUCAAUAUUCAGCCAAGUUCAUGGUGAUUUGUAAUGACAUUGGAUUGAAAAUGCCAUUUGCUAGCAGUGGAGAAGGGUUCUGUACCUCUCGAAAUGAUAAGAUAUCUUGUACUGCCAUUGUCAUGAUGGGAUAG